AUGAAGAAAAAGAAAUAUGUGAAUUCUGGCACAGUCACACUGCUUUCUUUUGCUGUGGAGUCAGAGUGCACAUUUCUUGACUACAUCAAAGGAGGGACCCAGAUCAACUUCACGGUGGCCAUCGAUUUCACAGCCUCCAAUGGGAACCCCUCGCAGUCCACGUCCCUGCACUACAUGAGCCCCUACCAGCUGAACGCCUACGCGCUCGCACUGACCGCCGUUGGGGAGAUCAUCCAGCACUACGACAGCGACAAGAUGUUCCCCGCCCUUGGCUUUGGGGCCAAACUACCCCCUGACGGCAGGGUAUCCCAUGAGUUCCCGCUGAAUGGCAACCAGGAGAACCCCUCGUGCUGUGGCAUCGAUGGCAUCCUGGAAGCCUACCACCACAGCCUGCGCACGGUGCAGCUCUACGGCCCCACCAACUUCGCCCCCGUGGUCACCCAUGUGGCCAGGAAUGCGGCCGAGGUGCAGGACGGCUCCCAGUACUCGGUGCUGCUCAUCAUCACGGAUGGGGUCAUUUCAGACAUGGCACAGACCAAGGAGGCUAUCGUCAAUGCUGCCAAACUCCCCAUGUCCAUCAUCAUCAUCGGCGUGGGCCAGGCAGAGUUCGAUGCCAUGGUGGAGCUGGAUGGUGAUGACGUGCGGAUCUCCUCCCGGGGAAAGCUGGCCGAGCGGGACAUUGUCCAGUUUGUGCCCUUCAGGGACUAUGUGGACCGCACGGGCAACCACGUGCUCAGCAUGGCGCGCCUGGCCCGCGAUGUGCUGGCUGAGAUUCCCGACCAGCUGGUGUCCUACAUGAAGGCGCAGGGCAUCCGCCCUCGCUCCCCGCCCGCGGCCCCAGCGUGCUCGCCUCCGCAGUCCCCCGCCCGCACGCCCCCUGCUUCCCCCCUGCACACGCACAUCUGAGCCUGGUCUGCUCAGAUGGCUGGGGCUUAGGCCAGUAGAAAGGGACGCAGGGUACCCAGACCCAGCUACAGACCAUCCUGCCCAGCCUUUGGAACACGUGUGCCUGGGAGGCCCACAGCGGGUAGGGCUUCUGGAGACUCCUUCCCAUACUUCCCAAGCCCCUAGAGUUUGGGGGUACAGGUGGUGGAGGUGGGGAUCUGCGCCCCUGCUCUUCUCUCCUUUCAUUGACACCUGGUUCUGGACCAGCCAGGAAGAUGUUAAUCAGGACGACUGGGGUCCCGCUCAGCCCACCUGAGCUAUUACCUGGGUAAUCCCAUCUGCUCCUAUAUCACCCUGAAGCCUGGGCUAAGCCUCCCACCUCUAGGCCCCCUUCUCCCUCCCCUCCUCCUGUGGUGUCUACUCCUAUACCUGGCCCCUGACCCCCACCUGGUAUCUAUCCUGUCCCAUUUCCAGUGAACCCUGUGAGGCUGCUGGGUUUGCAGGAGUGCCUGAACAUGUGACCCCUCCCUGGGACCCUUGCAUGCAGUGGGAGUCCUACAGACCCAUGAAGGGGAUGCUGUGAUAGUGGAUGGAGGCCACAUGGUGGACAAGGAAUGGAGGCUUUUCAGGCACAGAGUUGCUUCUGGUGCCUCUCAAGCCCAGUAUGACGCUGGUUCUAGACACACAGAUGCACAGGCCUCUCCCUGGUCUGGGCCCGUAGGUACCUCCGCAGUUGGCUCCUAGCUCCAGGAAUCCCCUUUUCUCCCCAGAGACUGCCCAGUGUCCUUGGGGCACCAUCCUCUGCUGCCCACCUGGAGGCCUGGGCAAGAAGCAGCCCAGCUCCAGCACUC